CGCCAUUAGCAGCCAUGGAUCUGCUUCUCCCAACCUUAAACUCACCAGCCAUAGCUGGGCUAGUCUUUGCUUUGCUUCUAGCUCUAUACUACCUAUUAUGGAGGUCUAUAAAACCUAAAUCUAAAUCACCACCGGAAGCUGGUGGAGCCAUGGCCGAUAAGUUCGGGCCCAUAUUCACCUUCCGGAUCGGGUUGCACCAGUCCGUGGUUGUCAGCAGCUGGGACAUAGCAAAGAAGUGCUUCACCCACCCACGACUCGGCCGUUUUGCAGCCGCCAAACACCUUGGCGACGACUACGCUAUGUUCGGGUUUUCCCCGUGCGGCCCGUAUUGGCGUGACCUACGCAAGCUGGUCAUGAUCGAGCUGCUCGCGCCACGCCAGCUCGAGUUGCUCAGGAUUGUGCGACUUUCGGAGACCGAGAACGCCGUGAAAGAGCUUUACAAGCUGUGGGUAGAGAGGAAGGACGCCUCUGGACGAGUUUUGGUGGAAAUGAAGCAGUGGUUCGCCGACUUGACUCUAAACGUAGUUGUCAGAAUUAUUGCCGGAAAAAGUCACUAUAUCGAGGAGUUUCGCUUUCCCUUGAAGCCAAUACAUUCCACACUUCUCAAUCCCCGUCUUGUUUAUAAGAGGUACUUCGGCAGCGGCGCUGAUCCCAGUGAUGAGAAGGAAGCCCAGCAAUGCCAGAGAGCAUUCAGGAAAAUUUUUCAUCAUUUCGGGGUGAUUCCAGUAUCGGACGCUAUUCCAUUUCUGGGUGGGCUGGACUUUGGGGGUGUGGAGAAGGCCAUGAAGGAGACCACGAAGGAAAUAGACAGCAUUAUGGAGGGGUGGUUAGAAGAUCAUGGCGGGAAAAGGGAUUCUAGCGAGGUUGACGGCGAUCAUGACUUCAUGACGCAUUGCCCUUGCUGUUAUGAUGCCGACACCGUCAACAAGGCCACUUGCCUGGUCAACCAUGACUGCAAAUUUCAUAAAAUAAAGAUUCAAGCACCCAGAGAGUUUACAGAGGACUGCCACGUUUACAGCUACUACAUUUCAAAAGACACGAGACUGACCUUAAACCUGUGGAAUCUCCAGAGGGACCCUGCUGUCUGGCCAUCACCAAAAGAGUUCCAACCCGAGAGGUUCCUCACUACCCAUAAAAACAUCGAUGUCAAGGGCCAGAGCUUUGAGCUGAUACCAUUUGGGGCUAGCCGAAGAGUGUGCCUAGGAGUAAAUUUUGGGAUGCAAAUGUUGCAUCUGGUGCUGGCUAGGUUGCUUCACGGGUUCGAGUUCUCGACUCCUACGAAUGCCCUAGUGGACAUGACAGAGAGUGCCGGACUGACGAACAUGAAGACUACCCCACUUGAAGUAGUCGUGGCCCCUCGCUUGGCUGCUACUCUUUAU